CGGCACGACUGUGGGAUUGCACCUCUUGCUAUGAUGCCAGGGCAGAUUCCAGACCCAUCCCUCACUGCUGGCGCUCUGCCUGGCCUUGGCCCCUUGACGGGACUACCUGGUACCACCUUGACAGCAGAAGAGCUCAAGUAUGCUGACAUUCGCAGCAUUGGAGCCAUGAUCUCACCAUUGCAUUUCCUGGAAGUGAAACUGGGUAAAAGGCCUCAGCCAGUGAAAAGUGAGCUAGACGAAGAAGAGGAAAGGAGGAAAAGGCGGCGAGAGAAGAAUAAAGUAGCCGCAGCUCGAUGUCGGAAUAAAAAGAAGGAGAGGACAGAGUUCCUGCAGCGGGAGUCUGAACGUUUGGAGCUCAUGAACGCUGAGCUGAAAGCCCAGAUAGAGGAGCUAAAGCAGGAGAGACAGCAGCUGAUCCUGAUGCUGAACCGCCACCGCCCCACUUGCAUUGUGCGGACAGAUAGUGUCAAAACACCCGAGAGUGAAGCCAAUCCACUGCUUGAGCAGCUAGAGAAGAAAUGAAGGGGGCACGGUGGGUCAGGAACCAAAAGACCAAUCAGGAUCUCUUUAACAGUCUCUCAUCUACGUACUGUGCGAAGAACUGUGCACCAAAGAUGGGUGCAAA